UAGGUAACCAUCUAUUCCUUGGAACCUCCCCUCUCAAAGAAGCAAAAUAAUCUUUACGAAAAGGCUUGGUGGUAUAAAGCGUCUUUCAUGGAGUUUGCUCUUUACGCUACGGCAAAAUGGUGCAUUGGCGUUGCUUUCCUCGUUGUCUUCCUCAGGGGCAUUGCUACCACCAAGAAGCACUCUUGGUCUUACUCUAGGAAACCAGCCGCGCCACCUUCUGAGUCGGUAAGCUCCGAGUCGAUAAGCUCGGAUUUUGAAUGGGAGUCGACAUACUCAGAGUCAGAAGCGACAUCCUCGGAGGCAGAGUCGACAUGCACUGAGCCGAAACCUCAUAAUCGACAGCUUCUGAAACGACAUCGACGCCACAAGCGUAAUAUCCCCAUGCUCUUACACGAACGUCCUUACUGAGAGAUCAACUCUGAUAGAAACUAUCGUGAAAGCCUAAUCAUUCGGCUACCUGAUGAGCUGCUGGUAUGCAUAUUGGAAGCUCUCAAGCCAGCCGAUCUU